AUGUACGAUCUGGUGUCGUGGAUGUUUCUGACUUCUAGCUCGAAAAAAACUGAUGCGCUUGCUUCACAGCAAAACAAUCUUACUCCUUUAAACAAAAAUAUUCAAUACCCAACCGAAUAUACUGUAAGUCCUAGUGGAGUGCCCUAUCCAUAUUUGACAAAUAUGAUGGCGUCAUCUGUAGCAGCUUCAUUGGACAACGUAGCAUUAGCUCCAAGUUCAAUUUACCGUAGCGAGUCAAUCGCUAGAUGGAAUAGUUUAACUAGUAAAGAUGGUCGAGGUUUUCCAGAGCCAAGGUUUUCACAAAAUCAGUUGACACAUGAAUCUGGUGUGAUUGCUAAAACCAAUGCCAAAAACAGACUAGAUACCAGCAGUUGUUUUGAUGAUACAUAUGGAGCAAAUUUACCGAAUGACUUGAAUGGUGGUGUAGAAUCCGGAAAUGAUGUGUGUGGUCGAUCAAAGCAAGCAUCUGCGAUUCAAAAAGACAAUACAAAAUCACAGCACGAUCCUCGACAGCAAUUUGAUUAUCCAACUAGCCAUUCAGAUACCAGCAUGCUUAAUCAGCAAUCAAGUGAAUUACUACCAAAUCUGGCAAUGGCAAAUUACCGUGAAGAAAUGACUGCAUUGACAGAGGUGGGCGAGGAAGCAGAGGAGGAUGAAUCAAAUCAUGGCAAUAGUGGGCACAAUGUCAAUGGGACUACUCGCAACAAUCCAACACAAUGGCGAAUAUUAUCCCAUCGUGCCAUGUCUAGACAAACUAGUGCUGGAGUGCAUGUAGGGCACGAGACAAAUCUUAUUCGACAAAACAAAAAUAGUACGCCUGAAAAUGAGGAUUCUCAACAAACGUGUCGACUUUCCCGAUUAAAGUCGAUUGAGGAGUCUUCAUUUCUUGAUCUCAACGACUUUUCAGAUGGCUUUGAAAACAAUGUAAUACCACCACUCGCACAACCCAAUGAACUGCUUUCUAAUAGUGACGCACAAAUAUCACUAGUUUCGUUAAACGAAUCUGCCAAUCAGAAAAAACUAUCCACUGCAUCGCAGCCCACACAUACGAAUCAUUUAUGUCAUAAAAAGGAGGAUGUAAAUAAAGUAGAAACAACAGCACUGGAUUCAAGUUUAAAUGGCAAAUCAUUUAAAACCCCUCAGUCCACCUUAUACCCAACAACAGAACCUGAAUCAUUGCCCGACUCUAAUCUUAACCAACCUACUUCAAAUCAAAGUGCAUCACAUCGAGGAGUCAACAAUUUCUUCCAUCAACACCACCAGGCCUAUUGCGCUUCACCGUCAACACGUCCACGUCGCCAAAGUGAAUUUGUUUUGACAACGAUAACUCCAAUAGUGCACCAUCCCACUCAAGAUUAUGCACCCAGCGACUCGGUCUCUUUCCACGCACUCAAUAUUUGCAAUAGCACCCCCACUAUGUCAGCCGAUUCUAUAUCAUCGCAUUAUACAGGUCAAAAUAUGCCCAUUCCCCUUAUAUCCUCGUCUACCGGACCACAGUAUCCGUAUUACAAUACACAGUCUUCUCAUGGAUCUCAGGGCUUUGUCUCGUUGGCGUAUCCACCACGAAGUCGUGCAACGUCUUUUGCUAUUCCACAUCAAAUACGUAACGGAUCGAUUGUAUCUUCCAUUGGAUCCAGAAUGAGUCGGAGGAUGUCAGGUUCAUCCCAGCAUGAAGGGUAUGGCAUAAAUCAGGAGUUGCAUGUGUAUGGCGAUAGAACAGCUAUACACGGUGGUGUACAUCGAAACAGUCGAGUAAAUUUGGCAUCCAGUAGCUAUGGUGGUGAGAGAUUGGGAAAUGUCGGACAGCAGUUAAGCCAUGUAAGCGAUUUACGACGUCAGUCAGCAUCCACCAUAAGUCAAUAUGGAGCACAUAAUGCUCACCAAUGCAUAGGAACGGGAUUCGCAUCAACUACUUGUGGCAUAUCUGAGCCAGGUAGGUCAAGAGUACAACAGCGAGGAAUACCAUCUACAGAUGGAUCGAUUCAGCAAAAUCAAACACAUAAAACUGCUCAAAGCCCAUAUAAACCACUUGACCAAGAAGAACUCUUUUCAGGCUCGAUUCGGUCCCAAGCAUUACCCAGUGAUUCUGGGUAUCCAUCCUAUCAGUCAGAUCCAAAUCGGCUCAGGGUUUCAUCCGGUAUAGCCACAACGAUCAACAAUGAGUCAUCAUCUACACUUCCACAACUCCAACCCUCUCCCGAGUAUGUUGGCUUUAAACGCCAAUCGCAAGCGGGUAGUACAGCACUAGUGACUGGAAUGUCACUGAACCAAAGAGAUACGCCAUUACAAUUCGAUCCCACUUAUGACGUAUCGUCCAACCCUAUCCAUAAUUCAUUAAUUCAAGUAUCAUCCAUUCCAAUGGCGUACAGUAUGUUUGGGCUACCACUCGAGUCUAGCAGCAGAUUCAUGCAAACGGAUAUCAAUCAGACAACUAUGCAAACCCAUAUCCGUUCUAGACAAAGUUCAAACGCAUCUGAAGCAAAAGCGUAUAUAUAUCAAAUUGGCUUGCCAGAUCAGUAUAUCCAUGUCAAUUCAAAACAGCCACGGGUUUCAGUACUACUUCAUGAAGCAUGGUAG